GUGGUAUGGCUCACAUCAAGAGAUCAGCCUCUGAUUCGGGUGAGGAGCCUGUGCGGAAGAAGUCAACUCCUGAGACCAAACCUAAAGUGCCCAAGAACACACGGACUCCCACUGCUGUGCCAGCCUCUAAGGAUGCACCAACGAAUAAAGCUCCUGUUGCUGAUGCUGGUGACAGAUCCAAUAAGUCGGGGACUUUAUCCAGUAGCUGCGCCAUCUGCAAAAAAACCGUGCUGUUGGUUCAGCGGUACUUAGUAGAUGGGAAACUCUAUCACAGGAACUGUUUCAGGUGUAAACAGUGCUCCAAUAUCCUCAUGGCUGGUGCAUAUAAGGCUGGACCCAUACCCGGGACUUUCAUCUGCACCAACCACCAAGCCAACGCUGGUGAGAAUAGCAACAACAACAGCAGUUACGUCACCCCCAAGUUACACAAGCCCAGCCCCAAAGCCGACGAGUCAGCACCAACAGUCCACAAGCCGGUGGUGAGCCAUGUGACCAGCCCCACCGCAGUGACAAAUGCCCCCAGACAGGGCGAGGUCUCGUCAACAGCUUUCAAACCAGGAGGCGGUCGUGCGGACACAAUGCAGGCUGCAAGGCAAAAGUUUAUGAGUUCAGGGACGCCUGAGAAACCAACUUCAUCUGAUUUGGUGAGCUCACUGCGUUCCCCAGAUCCUGCACGUGGCCAGCAUUGUUCAGUGGAAACGAUAACGCAGAGGCCUUGGUCGCCUGGAAACCAGGAGCGCACCAACAUGUUGAAGAGUCCGACUGCAAUCACCAGGUCCACUUCUGACAUGGACAAAGACAAGGCACGCUCGGUCCUGCAGAAGAAUUUGCCCUUUGAGAAGAAUAACAACACAAGCCAAGGUGUAGCCUCGUCUUCCCUGUUUCAUAUGGACAAACCUUCAGGAGCACGGCCCAUGAGUCACCAGACCACCAAAACUGUAACUGUGGACGUAAGCAACCAGAAAAAUGUCCAGACAGGAACCAGGCAAUCUAUAUCACCAGACCAAAGGGGCGAGACCAGCAAAGCCUCCAAAUGGGGGCCAACGUCUGCCUUGGAACUACCGUCCCGUCCUCUGGUCACAAAAGGUGUUGCCAGCUCUGAGGCAGUGUUCACACCUUCAACGGGGAGUUCCCCAAGAGGCACAUUAAACCGGGCUGCCAGCAUGAAUGAAGCAACAGGUCGUGGAUCAACUUUGACCCAGCAGACAACCAGUAAAGGGAAUUUUUCCUACAGUCCACAAAUCAUUACUCGGCAAGAGGCAGAAGAGUCUCCGUCUGACUGGAGGUCUAAAUUGAAGCCAGUCCAAAAGCAUCACAGCUUUGGAUCGACGGACAUCAAACAAACGCACAGUUCAUUCAUUAACGUGGACAUUAAAAAACCAAGUGCAUUUGGCAACACAGGUAACACUCCUUCGACAUCCAAGACAGCUGCAGGUAGCAAUUGGACUCCAAGUUCAACCAUCACAGGCAGUGGGAAACAGGUAGAGGUAACAUUCUCUCUCCAUAAUCCCAGCAACACAACAGUCUCCACCUCUUCUGUUUCCCCUGCCAAAGAGGUCUCAGGUACAGAAGCCAAAACAUUCCACUCCACACAGCAGAAGAGGGUGCUCAAACCGGGUACGGAACUGUUGGCAGGAGUAAAGGACGGCCUCCAGUCUCCAAUAGACAAGAGCCCUGCAGCAGUGACUCCCUUUGAGAAGGGCACGAGGAGUCCUCAGGGUUUUGGGAGCAGCCAUCAACCUGCAUUAGACCGGGUCACGGAGGAAUCACCAGCGAGACAGAGCUGGGUCCAAGGCAAAUCAGCCACUGAGACAGCAAAGUCAGCAAGAGCAAAAUUCUUUGAAAGCAACUACGUUCCAGAAGAUUCCAAGAAAAGCCAAGGUCAUGGUGACUCUACCACUACUCCUGAGAAGAGCACCUCCAGUCAGCGAAUAUCAGAAGAGGACAUUCGGAAUGAAUUACAAGAUAUCGGGAAGAAGUUGGACGCACUGGAACAGAAGGGGGUCGAGCUGGAACCUCAGCUUCGGAGCUGUGAGGGAGAUGAAAAUGAGGACGAGUUGAUGGUGGAGUGGUUCAAACUAAUCCAUGAGAAACAGUUGCUGGUGAGACGGGAAUCUGAGCUCGUUUACAUAUCAAAGCAGCAGUACCUGGAGGACCGUCAGGGUCAGAUCCUACGGGAGUUACGAGUGUUGAUGGAAAAAGCAGAGGACAGUAAAACUGAGCAAGAUCAUCUUUGUGAAAAGGAGUUGAUGGAAGAGCUAUUGAGAACAGUGGACGGCAGGAAUGAAAUAAUCGAUGGACUGGAUGACGACAGAGUGAGAGAAAUGGAAGAAGAUCAGAUGAUGGAAGCCAUGAUUAAAAGGAUGGACAUGAGCAAGGAGACAGAACACGACUUGAAGAAGAGGAACAAAUUCAGUCCAUUAAAGUUUCUGAAGGGACUUGCUGCCAAACCAAAGGGAAAAUAAUGUGAGCUGGCAUCUUCAGAAAUCGCCAUGUACUUUUCUCAGUGCCAAACUGCUAUUGACUGAGCUGCUACUGUCGCAAACUUGUAAUCAAAAGCAACUCUCUUAAACGCUUAUGUGGCAUUAACCUUGUUCUCUGAAUAAAGGAAGCUGUUUGUGCUGGGCUUGCGCAGCAGGAUAUUUCCUGUUGCUAUGGAACUCUGUGGCAAAAAAAACUAAGAGUAACAAAAUCCUGUACUUUGCUUAUUUGCUUGGGAAAAUGAGGAGUGAACCAGUGUUGGAUGCUGUCAGCCUCCUCUAAGCUCCAAGGGUUUGGACAUAACAUUUGCUUUUUAAAGGGAGAUGUGAUCAUGUCAUUGGACGAUGUCUACAACAACAAAAAGUUUCAGUUAUAUAGCAUCUACCACACAGCAGAGCUUUCCAACAGUGCUUUACAGGAACAUUGUCAGGCAAACAUUGACACAGAGCCAAGUAAGGAGAAGCCAUGGCAGGCGACCAAAAUGUGGGUCAAAGUAAUAGGUUUUAAGGAAGAGCCAGAGGUGGAGAGAUUUAGGAAGUCAAUUCCAGAGCUUAGAGCCAAGGCAGCUGCAGUCACAACCAUGUUGCAGUUGAAGGAGGACCAUGUUAAUGUUCAGACACCUGAAUAUUCUGCCUCAAUACAAAGAGUUGACAAAGAAAGCCCAAGAACACUGAUUUUGUAAGAAUGAAUGGAUAUAAUGCCCAGUAAUAUACCUAAAUGAGUGGGAUCUAUGUUUCCUUGGUUAAAGCCAUUCUUGCAAUGUUUUUCGCGAACUUACUCUACUUCUAAUCAUCUGUAGUAUGUACUCUCACCAGUCAAAUGAGCAGACUUGAGAUGUACUCUAUGACCUCUACCAAUGGCAAUCCAUAAUUGACUGGUAGGUGUGGCUGUUCAUUCAUUUUCUCAUCCAUUGUCCUCCGUAUCUGUACAAUCCUUCUCUCUCUCUCAACCCUUUUGGAUCUGCUUAAUUUCUGUUCUGAGUGUUGCCACUGAUGAACUUGUGCUCAGAACAGCCAUUGCCCUACACUUCCUUUAAUGGGAAGACUGGUUAGGGGUAGUGGGUAGUGCCCUGUUUGUUGCAGAGGGGUGGGGAUUAAUUGGAGGAUCAAAGUGCUGAGCUUUAGGAUGCUCUGCAUGAAGGCAUUUUUUUUAAAGUGGCUCAUUCUUUGGUAAUGUUAUUUUAUCAAAAAAUCAAGUUGUAACUGAGCUAACAGCUCUGCAUCGCAGCCACUGAUUGUUUGGAAAAUUCAUCUUCAAAAACACUGCUUCUGAUAAUGGGUUGUGAUCUCUCCAGGCUUCAAUCUUUGCAGUUCUGCACGAUUGGGCACAUAUCUGGGGAAGAAAAAAGGGAGAUGAUUUUGGAUUUAAUUGGUAAAAUAUUUGGGGUGAACCAUGUCCUUCAUUUUGUAGAAUUUUUAAUAGUUUUCAGCUUUCUUUGAGUUGUGUUGCAUUAUUUCCUACACCAUUUCAUCAUGUUGUACUGUUCUGUAAGGCUGGUUCUUUUGAGAAAGAAAAACUUGGAUUUGCAUACUGUCUUUCACAAUCUCUAGAAGUCCCAAAGGGCUUUACAGCCAGUGAAGAAUGUUUUGAGGUUUAGUCAUCUUUUUUAGUGUGGGAAAUACAGCAAAUUUCCAUGAACAACAAUUAAAAAAAAUGAUAAUCUACUUCAGUGAUGUUGGGUGAGGGUCAAGGAUUGGACAGAACCAUACUUUGCAGUUUUUGAAUAGAUCUUUUAUAUCCAAGGGCAAAGAGGACCUCUGUGUAAUAUCUCAUCUGAAAGACUGCACCUCUGAUAGUCUUCACUAUUGGACAAAAAUUUGACACCAAGCUAAAGGAGAUAAGAGGACAGGUAGGAGCAGGUUUUGCCAGAAAGAAAGAUUUUAAGCAACAUUCCUAAAGGAGAAGAGAGAGGCAGAAGGGCUUCAGGAGGGACUUCUGAGCUUAGAUGGCUAAAGACACAACUGCAAUAAUGGACAAAGAAAAUGGUUUGUGAUGGAGGAACACUGAAAAAACAGUGUAGGACUGAGGAAGAUCACAGAGAUGGGGAGGGGGCAGAGCCUUGGAAGGAAUUAAACUUUUGCAAACCUCAAAUUGCUUACUCCCGGUUGUGGUCCAGAACGAAGGACUUUUGGAAUAGGUAGUGGGUGGCUGGGGAGAAUGGAGUUGUGGAAUGGAGUAACUAGGACCAAGAUAUUGGUGACAAACUUCAAUUUAAUGAGAGAAAGCUACCUCCUGAGAGCUUUGGUAGUUUGUAACUGAGAUGUGAAUUUCCAUAUUGGAGCAGUACAAAUAUAACAGAUGAUAUGAUUUAAAGCAAGUUCCAAUGGUACUGACUACUGUUGAGGCUUGACCAGUAUUAUGGUAGCUGAUUCUUACCCAUCACAGACUAGGUACUAAUGUCAAAGCAGUAAAAAAUUGUGGGAUAUUAAAUACAAUAGACUUCAUUAUCAGGGUGGGGGGAAGUUAAAGCAUGUGUUUCAUAAAAAAAACUGUACUGAAAAUAAAGAUAAAUUUCAAACCUGUGA